AUCACAAAACGACAACACAACAUGGAACCGCAGCGCGUCGGAGUUCGGUUCACGCCGCCGCUUGUGUCUGUCGAAUUCAAAUGCAGCGGCAAGCUCUACAUCCACGAGAUCGCUAUGGAUUCGUACCUUUCAAAGCACAGCGAUGUGGGGUCCCUGGUGCGGCAGCUGCAAUUGGACCACGCAGCGUAUGUAGACGACGUGUCCACAGCCCAGCUGACUCGACUCGUCCAAAAGAUCUUCCAGAAAGCGAAGCCCCUAGCCACGCUCCCGACUGCCGACUACAACAACGUGUCCGAGAACCAGCUGCGACUUGUCAAGGACAAAAUGGAUUCCGUGUUCUUGUCGAAUGUGCUCAAACCUGGAGAUCCUGGCUACGCCUACGACAAACAAACCGAGUUCAAACCAUCAGAAGCCAGUGACUGGGACGACUAGAAGUCUUCUAGUUGUUUGGACUGUGGGUGGGGUACAUACAUCAGCAGCCACGCGAUCGAAUUGCACAGCAAUACACCUAAACCACCAGAUAUACAUAGUACUCUUUCGAGUACAUGCCAUCACCAACUGUGCACUCAUGGGCUAAUUGCUACUCGAAUCCUACCAGCACCACAUACUCACCUGUAGUUGCAUCGUUGGUAAUGAAGUUGUUUGGCCAUCUGA